CUGACCCCUCCCUCCUGCGGUAGCUCCGCCCCAAUCUUGCUGUUUCCUUCAUGCCCCGCGAGGAGGGGAAAUGGAACCUUCUCGCCUCGGCUGCUCCAGGCUCGUCAAGGGCGGACUCCCCAGUAUCGGUUGCCCAGUUAGGAGCUCCGGCUGUCUUGCCUACCUAAGUUUUCAGUCAGCUCGGCCGGCCUGCGCCGUUGGUUAAUCUCCCAGAAGUGGCGGGAGACCCAGACGACAACCCGUUCCUGGAGACUGGAACCGGGCCUGUGCUCGGCCAACGCCGGGUUUCCUUUCCCUCCGACGCCGCAGCAUCCUCCGCGUUUUGUGCUUGUGCCCACUUUUCCAAAUUGGCGGCUUCUAGGCUACCGAACUACAGUAUCCAUCCUCCCCAGCCAUCAUUGGGGCGUGCCGAUGGCGGAGAAGGAGGCAUUGCUGUACAUUGCUUCUUGCCUAGGGAAUCCUGCCCAUCGCCAGGCUACUGUAGUCCUUUUAUCUGCAGGGGAAGGAACACAAACCAAUGCUUGUUUGACUAUUAGUGCUGGAUUCAUUCUGAGUUGAUUGUGGAUAUCCACAACUGAUGGGACCAUGGAGAGUAUUACAAAACUAUUUGGUGACUUGUGUGAGGCUCACUUAGUAUCUGUGUCAACAAAGGUCCAUUUAAACAAAAGAAAGAGCAGCAAAAAAAUUUCAAGGAAAAGUCUCAAAAAGGUUGCAUAUAAUACUUUGUUUGCUAAUCUUUUUCUGGAUGAAACCUGCAAAGUUUCUCAAUCAAAUUUUUCUAGACUUCCUGUGAAAAACAAAAUAUUAAUGCUGUCUUUCAAUUUGAGAAUUGCUGGACUGAGCUUAGAAGCAGACAGGCUGGAGCAACUUGUAGAGGAAUUAGAAAAGUCUACUUGCUUACCAUUUACUGAAAUUACUUCUAUUUUGCAUUUUCUGGUACAGCUUGCAGGAACUGGGCCUCCACAUUGUUCACCCCUCAAAAAGGAUUAUUUUGUUAAUAACAAAAAUGUAGGAAGAAACACCAAAUAUCAAGGUUAUGAUUAUUAUGAUGUUAGCAUAUUUGAAGCAGACGUGCAGGCUUUUAUUGCAAAUGAAGAACUUCAAUGUAAUGAUACAAUUCAAAAGACCUUGCAAAUUAUGGAGGCAGCACCUGGUACAGGUCUUCCUAUGGUGGAACUGUUUUCACAGAAUUGUUCAAUGGGGGACAGAUAUGAAAGAGAAACUCGGGUCUCGCUUUUUGGUGCUCUCAUUCACAGUCGUACAUAUGAUAUGGACAUCAAGUUGGAUUUGCCACCAGUGCCUGACAAUGCAGAUCUGUCUGGACUUGCAAUCAAGGUUCCCCAAAGCAUUGAUCCUUCUGAAGAUGAAGGAUUCCAGUCAGCAUCCAAUCUCACUCCAGACUCUCAAUCAGAACCCAGUGUGACACCAGAUCUUGAUCUCUGGGAGGCAGCACUUACUUAUGGACCUAGUAAACGACGGUGCUGGGAAAGAAUUGGAUUUCCACCUGGGAAAAAAGAGGAGCCGUAUCUUUCAGAAGCUGGAAGAGAAGCCUUUGACAAAUUUUGCAGACUUCGAGAACAAGAACUGCAACUUUUCAGCAGUACUAAAUUUCAGUUACCACAACGUGUAUUAGUAAAAGAACCAGAAAUUGUUAAAGAUGUGUUAAAUGUUCUUAUUGGAGUUGUAUCCACUUCUUUCUCAUUUAAUCAGGCAGUUCAGAUAUUUGUAGUGAAACAAGGCAUUUAUGUAUCUGGAACGUCACCUGAAAGUAUGAACUGUCUACUGUCAGAAGUGGCUGAAUAUGGAACUUAUUACACACGACUGAGCCGUUUCUCUAUUCAACCAAUCCUGGACUCCUCAUACAAAAAAGGGCUCGUAUUUCAGGCAUUCACAAGUGGACUGAGGAAAUACUUACAGUACUACCGAGCGUGUGUUUUGUCCACUCCCCCAACUUUAACUCUUCUAACAAUCAGCUUUCUCUUCCGAAAACUAGGACGACAGCUAAGGUAUUUGGCUGAACUCUGUGGCAUAGGAACAACUGCUGUGGGAGCUGGUGGAGGCACCAUUGCUUCUUUUCCAACUGGAGUUAAACUUCUUUCAUAUCUCUACCAAGAGACUCUUAAUAACUGCAGCAGUGAGCAUUAUCCAGUUCUCCUGUCCCUACUGAAAACAAGCUGUGAACCGUACACGAGGUUUAUCCAUGACUGGGUAUAUAGUGGUGUAUUCAGAGAUGUGUAUGGUGAAUUCAUGAUUCAGGUGAAUGAAGAUUAUCUUGGCUUUAGAGACAAACAUUACUGGACCCAUGGAUAUGUUUUGAUUUCUAAAGAAGUAGAAGAUUGUGUUCCUGUGUUCUUGAAACAUAUUGCUAAUGAUGUCUAUAUUUGUGGAAAAACUAUAAACUUACUGAAACUGUGUUGUCCCAGGCACUACAUAUGCUGGUCUGAUAUUCCUGUUCCUCGGAUUUCUGUAACUUUCUCCCUUGAUGAGUUAAAAGAGAUUGAGAAAGAUUGUGCCGUCUAUGUAGCUCGAAUGGAAAGAAUUGCUCGCUAUAGUACCAUCAGCAAAGAAGAAAAGGUUUUGCGCAUGGAAAUUGAGAAACAGGAGUUAAUUGCUCAUGCUCGAAAAACAGCUAGCAAAGCUCUCAAAGCCAUUACUGAUCAACAGAUAUCAGAUAAAAUGGCACUGGAUGUAAAAAAACGUGAACAAUUUCAGAAGUUGAAAGAACAAUUUGUAAAAGAUCAAGAGCGUCAACGUACUCUGAAACAAGAUGAAAUUGAUGAUGAUUUUAGUUAUGCUCGGGAACUCCGAGAGAGGGAGAAGAGACUGAAAGCUUUAGAAGAAGAUUUAGAGAAAAGGGCAAGACAAGAGUUAAUUGACCAUUAUACUAAGCUGUCUGAAGAUGCAGCUCGUAGAGAAAAAAAAGCUUUAUGGAGAAUCCAGAGGCAUAAACUGGAAACAGCCCGUCUCAAUUUCCUGUUAAAAGAUCAAAAACAUAUUGAGGAUAUGCUUGAAAAGCUUCCUGGUGGAAAGUACAGGAAAAAGGUAAAUAUAAUUCCAGAAGACCAAAGUCAACAGGUUAUGCUGGCUGCAGGCCAAGGGAAAGAUGCUGAGCUUCAGGUAACUUCUUUAGAAUCUGAUCAACAAAAGAUUAUGGAAAUGGGAAAAGAUACAAAACCUGAACUGACAAAUUACAUUUCAAAUGAUCAGUCAUUGGAAUUAACACAGCCCCUAAAUGUGCAGCCUACAGACUGCUCCGAAUUGGAAGAAGCAGAAGUUGCUUCUCAAACUUCCUGCAGUGAUCAGAUGGCAACACUUUCAAAGGGUGUGUCUGAACUUGGUCUGAAUUUUGAAGAUUUUUUGCCAAAACCUCAGGAAGAAAUAUUCCAAACAACCCAACAAACAAACCUGUUGGAGGAAGCUUUGGAAAGUAUCAAUUCAGAUCUGUCUUUAAGUGAUCAAAGAAAGAAAAGUAAUUCUCUGCCAAAAGAGGCUGUCGGAGGAGAAACAGUCUUCCAUGCUUCUCUGGAUAAUGAAUAUGACUUUAACACUGUUCUCAGGCCUUCGGUUUCGGAAAGCCACAUUCAGGUGGGUGAAAAUGUUUUUAAUGUUGAAAGCAGGAGACCUCGGUGGAACAUUCAUGGCCACAUAUCUGAUGCGAGUAUUAAAAUAGGAGGCUACGUUGCUCAUACUGAACUUUCCCAACCACAUUUAAAUCCACAUGGGCAUUCUUCAGAUGCACACAUCAAGGUUGGAGAAUAUGCUUCUGAAGAACGGACUUACCGACCUCGCUGGAACAUCCAUGGGCAUGUUUCCAUAGCUCAUAUUCCUGUUGGAGGAUAUGCCUCUGAGGUAGAGCGCUCGAGACCCAGGUGGAAUAUUCAUGGUCAUGCUUCAGAUGCUAAUAUAAAGAUCGGUGAAUAUGUGCCAAAGGUAGAAGCCGUGAGAACUCGAUGGAACACUCAGAGGAACAUUUUAGAUACCAACAUCUGUACUGGGGAAAAUGUUUCCGAAAGUCUGUCUUCUCGACCUCGGUGGAAUGUCCAUGGCCAUGCCUCUGAGUCCCACUUUAAAGUUGGAGAGCUGGUUUCGGAUUCUGAGAGUUCAAAGCCUCGAUGGAGCGCCUUUGGACAUGCAUCCCAGUCCAGUAUUCAGCUGGGGGAAAUGACUCCUUCAACUGACAGUGAUCCAAUACCUCAUCUUAAAGCAGGUUUUGGUCCUGCAUCAAGUUGUACAGUACAGACAUUUCUAUACAAUGGGAAACUCUCUGAUGGGAAAGGAGAAGAACAAGAAACAAGACCACCUGACAAUGGGUUGGCUAACUUGGAUAAAACGCAAGAAGAAAGCUCCGGGGAAGAAGCACAGGUGGUCAUCCGAGAUAUUGAAGAUCUUCAGACUUUCCUGGUAGAAGAACCUGAAAAAUCAACCUCAUUGUGUGUUGUGACUCAGCAAACGUCUGUCUCUGAGGUCAUCAUGUCUGAAAACCAGGAAGGAGGAAGCACCAGUGUUGCUAUAUGGAAGAAAGAAGAUGAUUACCUGCAAGCCUUAUCUAAUCAAUAUUGCCUGGAAAAAUAUCAGGAUCAAUAUGAAUUUAUGUCCGAGCUUCCAGUUUCCCAUCUCUUACAUCACAUGAUCCCCAGAUCCUACACUUUCCCUGUGGAUCCCUCAGUACAAUCAGCAACAGAUGAAACAGCUGUACAACUAAGUGAGCUCUUAUCACUUCCUGUGCUGAUGAAACGGUCAAUCACUACCCCCUUAGUUUCUCAUGUUUCCCUUGUGAACAAAGCCAUUGUGGAUUAUUAUUUUGUGGAAUUGAAUGUUGAGAAACAUUUUGAAGCAUUGAGGCAUUUUUUGUUAAUGGAAGAUGGAGAAUUUGCUCAAUCACUCAGUGAUUUGCUUUUUGAAAAGCUGGGAUCAGGACAGACACCUGGUGAACUUCUGAAUCCAUUAGUCCUCAAUUCCAUCUUGAAUAAGGCACUUCAGUACAGUCUUCAUGGUGACAGUCACUUGGCUUCUAACCUCUCUUUCGCAUUGAAAUACCUCCCAGACAUGUUCAAACCCAAUGCGCCUGAUGCCCUAGCCUGCUUGGACCUACGAUACAAGGUGGACUGGCCCUUAAAUAUUGUAAUUACUGAAAACUGUAUGAAUAAAUAUAACAAGAUAUUCUCCUUCCUGCUACAGCUGAAACAUAUGGUAUGGACUCUUAAAGAUGUCUGGUUCCACUUAAAGCGAACUGCAUUAGUAAAACAUGCAUCAAACUCAGUCCAGUUUCGACAAUUGCAGCUUUAUAAGCAUGAAAUGCAGCAUUUUGUUAAAGUUAUUCAAGGUUAUAUUGCCAAUCAGAUUUUACAUGUCACUUGGUGCGAAUUUGGGAAUAAAUUGUCUUCUGUGGGGAAUUUGGAAGAAAUUUACAGAACACAUGCAGAAUAUCUCAACAAAGCAAUCUUUCGGGGAUUAUUGACGGAAAAGGCAGCCCCUGUGAUGAAUAUAAUUCACAGCAUCUUUAGCCUCAUUUUAAAGUUCCGUAGCCAGUUAAUCUCUCAGUCAUGGAAUUUUGAUAGCAGCAAACAUGUGGCUGUUCACCCUAACUUUGGAUUAAUGCAGCAGUCCUAUAACACAUUCAAAUAUUACUCUCAUUUUCUGUUCAAUGUAGUAACAAAGCUUAUCAACAGAGGAUACCAGCCUCACCUGGAAGAUUUCUUACUACGAAUUAACUUCAACAACUAUUACAAGGAUAACUAAGCCUUUACAAUAGACUAACUGCUCUGUGCAUUAUAAGAAGCCCAGGCCAUUUGAAAGCCGCUGACCUCAGAAGCUUUGAAGAGUUUCCACUGAAAAUAGUGACAGAGUAGAAUGGUUCCAUUGAUACAGAUGCAAGAUGCUCCAUUUUCCUCACAGCAUGGCACCAGUUCAUACUGUCUUCUCACGGAAGCAUGUUUCCCAUGUUGGUGUGAUAUAUCAAAGCGUGCAUAAAUGUAAAUUUGUUAAUGUGUAAAUUCUUCCUUUAGCAUUGUAAAAGCUUCUCAUGUAAAUGUGUAAUAAAAAGCAAAGCAUAAAUUUAUUAUUUUGUAAUCAAUAUGCAGAUGUUCAGAGUAAAAAGAAAAAAGAAAACUUCCUGAUAAUUACUUUGUAGAUAAUUAUUCUUUGUGGAUAGAUUUAAUAUGUACACAAUCCAGAAUAUGUUUGUUUAAUUAUGCUGGAAUGGCCUAUGAUUAUAGAUGCUGUGAAAAAUUUUUUAUAGUUCUAAUUAAUCAUUUUCAAAUAUAGCUCCCACACUCCUCACAUUUCCCUCAGUGUUCUUAUUGUAUCCUUUAUUACUUUUUAAUUAGCAUCAAGACACACCAGAAGACAUCCAGGGUCACUGGGAUUUGGGCAAGCAUAUACAUUUUACUAUUUAUUGCUGUGCAAUGGGAAGGAGGGAGGAAAUGUGAGGGAGAGAAGAGAUGGCAGAGGUGCUGAAUGCAAAAGUGUGUUAUAUUGCUUUAGUCCUUGACAAGUUACUAGCAUAUUACCAAAGCUUUUAAGUUUACCUUAUUCCAUUACACUUUGUAGGCACAAGUAUGUAGCUUAUGUGUUGCAUUCAGAUUCUUUGCAAGCUUGCUUUUUGCUUAUAAUGCAAUUCUGUAUGCGUUAAUGGGCACCAAGAAGGUAGAAAUACUUGUUUAAGUAGUGUAAAGGUUCUUUGCUUUCCAAAGACAAAUUCCGUCCUUUUCCAAAAAUUGUUGCACUAGUUGGGAUGUGUUAUUUCACGGUAAUUGCUCCUUUUCUAGUUGCUUUCAAGAUCCAGGCAGGACUCUCACUAGGAUAUGCUGCUCACCAUAGUUUGUGGCCAUGGCAGUUGACCUAAAGUCCUUUUAUCUACUUAUAAUAGCUACCAAUCUCCAGACACAGCCGCUGGUUCCCUAGUUUGCCUAUCACCUUUCCUCCUAUAUUGUGUCCUAUACCUCCAUCUUAGCAUUUGCUUUGUAAGCCAAGGACCUGGGUGAGGUGAGGCUGCUACUGGAUUACACAUCCUUGAAAAACCUAGCGGUGCAACUAAUCACAGUUGCAUCACCAUCUUGGAUGCUUAUGAGUAAAUAUGAAUGUAAAAGGGAACUGGAGCUGGGAUGGAUUUCUGUCUAAAUGCAGCUGUUUUUUCAAAGAGUGGACGGCAAUCCCACCAUUAGUCCUUCGCAAGCAUAUCUUUAAGUCAAAGAUAGUUCCUAGGACAACACUAAAAACAAAAAUCUGGGAUCAACUUACUACAGCACCUUCCAAAAACAAGAAAUUAGUUGUACAUAACAAUUUCAAAAAUUCAUUUCCUAAUUUUCUUAUCCAAAAAAAUAGACAUUUGCUAUAAACAUCAUCAGAGUCAUUUAUUUUCAAUUAAUAUAGCUCAUGGUGACAGCUUGCAGAUUUUAUGCAUGAUAAUAAAAAUCAUAACACUCAUUUAAAAUAUUUAAAUCAUUGUAACAACAUUCACAUGGUGUAUUUUUAUUGCCUUGCCAAAGAAACCCAGAGCCAAUAAAAUUGCUUAAUUUUA